AUGACGGACUGCACCUGCCGGCAGCGUGCCGGAUCCGGCCCCGGCAAAACCUGCCUGCUAGGGCUGCUGCGGAGGAGCGAGGUGUCCCAGGAAAGCCUGCUCCUCCACGGCCCCUUCGCCCGGAAACCCAAGCGCAUCCGCACCGCCUUCUCGCCGUCACAGCUCCUGCGGCUGGAGCGAGCCUUCGAGAAGAACCACUACGUGGUGGGCGCCGAACGCAAGCAGCUGGCCAGCAGCCUCAGCCUCUCCGAGACCCAGGUAAAAGUCUGGUUCCAGAACAGGCGGACGAAAUACAAACGGCAGAAGCUGGAGGAGGAAGGCCCCGAUUCGGAUCAGAAGAAGAAAGGUUCCCACCACAUCAACCGAUGGCGCCUCGCCACCAAGCAGUCGAGCGGAGAAGACAUCGACGUCACCUCCAACGACUAA